UCCUCGUGGCGAUUAGCAGGCUUACUACUUACUAGUAUCUAUUAGUAUUCUUGUGGAAUGUGGACAUGAUUCGGGACAUGGCGGCAAUUCCUCCCCUCCCCUGGCUUUCUUCCUCCUCUCCUCUUUUCUAAUAAUACAUGGCGCCGUUACUGGGCAAUGACGAGCUACUACCGCCGGGGCCUCAGGCCCACGGACGGGCGGGGCCGAAGAAUGUCCUCUAUGUCGAUGCUUACGACUCCUUCUCCUACAAUGUUGUCGCCAUGCUCGAGGAGGUCCUCGAUGUCAAGGUAACCGUCCUGAAGAUUGACUCCACAUGGCCCAACGGGAACCUCGCGGCCUUUCUCCAAUGUUUCGAGGCUGUCGUCCUGGGGCCAGGACCCGGGGAUCCGCGGAUCCCCGCAGAUGUUGGCAUCAUGGAGGACAUCUGGAAUCUGGACUCGACGGACAUGCUGCCCGUCUUCGGAAUCUGCCUGGGUUUUCAGAGCCUAUGUCUUCGCCACGGAGCUCCCAUUCGUCGGCUCCCACAUCCGUUUCACGGUCAAGUUCGUCGAGUGCAAACCUCCCAGACCGACAUUUUCGACCGCAUACAAGAUCUAGAGAUCACACUGUACCACUCGUUAUAUGCUCAGCUAGAAUCAAUCCACGAUGACCAUGGUAACAUUAGACUCGUCGGUCCUGCAGCGCAAGAACUUAGUCUUCUUGCAUGGCUAUCUACUGAACAGCACAGCUCCGGCGACUCGAUCCGACUUCCAAUGGCCGUGCGCCAUCAGAGCAGACCCUUUUGGGGGGUCCAAUUCCAUCCGGAAUCUUGCAAGUCCGACCGGGAAGCAUGCAGUGAGAUUCUGAGGAAAUGGUGGGAAAUGGCCCUCCGAUACAAUAAAGCCAAUAGACGAUGCAUUUCUCCAAUGCUCACUAACAGCCUCACCCAAGCUCCAAGCGACAUGACUUCUUUGCCCGACAUCGCCCACACCCUGUUAAACUGGUCCAUAUCUAGUUCAAACAAAUCUUCCUUCCGACAUUUCCACACCAAGAUGCCGGAUGCUACAGCGUUAUGCGAGACCCUCAAUAGCCCCGGUUCGCCUGUUGUCCUAUUCAAAUCCAAUGGACGGCAUAGCAUCAUAUCUGUGCCAAGCCCUACCAGUUGGAGGUUGGAAUACUUUGCACAGAAUGAAAGGCUUGUUACGGAAAAGCUCGGCUACCCCCAUGCACAGACGGUGGCCGAGACGCGCUUGUCCGUGAACCGGUUCUGGGAUGUCCUCCGAUAUCUGAUGGAUAUGAGGAAAGUCGACUCUGGCAGUGGGGACGUCCCCUUUUGGGCAGGUUUUCUCGGAUACUUCUCCUACGAGAUGGGUCUUGCUUGUCUCGCUCGUCCAAAGAAUGACGCCCACAACUUUUCGGGGGGUUGUUCGUCCGGUGACGGCACCUCUUCAGAAGAUCCAGCGGAUGCCAGUUUACUCUGGACCGAACGAAGCGUUAUCCUUGACCAUGAGACAGGCCAUGUCACUAUACAAUCCACAUUGGAGGCCGACAACUUGCAUAACGGGUGGCUUGAUGAAACGUUGCAGCUUCUACAAGACUCAUCAUCUCACGCUAUGCCGAAGGCCGACAAUCUCACAUCUGAUGCUAAGCUACUAGAUUCCGUACUCAGUCAAAGUGUGGUACAAUUCCCGGACGAGGCAAGCUAUAACAAACAGUUUGCGGCUUGUACCGCUGAAAUGCACGCGGGCGAAUCGUACGAACUAUGUCUGACCUGCGAAACAACAAUAACGUUGCCCUCGCCAGAGAAUGAAUCUGAUGGCAUUCGCCUUCCUUGGAUACUGUACAAACGCCUCCAAAAGUACAAUCCUGCCGCAUUCAGUGCUUUUGCAAAACUCGGAAAUGUCAAGAUCGUUAGCAGCAGCCCCGAAUGUUUUCUUAACUGGGACCGUCAAUCUACACUGGAGAUGAAACCAAUGAAAGGCACGGUGAGGAAAUCCGACGGCAUGACACUCGCGAAAGCCAGAGAAAUCCUCGGCUCCAGCAAGGAAGUCGCAGAAAACCUCAUGAUUGCUGACCUCAUCCGGCAUGAUCUUUAUGGGAUCUGUGGUUCUCGUAGUGUUCACGUUGAAAAGCUCCUCGAGGUCGAGGACAGUGGACGUGUUUAUUCGAUGAUCACACAUAUCAAAGGCGAAGUUCACUCGGCCCAACCGGGGUUUGCUGCGCGAGACAUGCCACAACUGCGCUCGGCUGACAUGUCAGCAUACGGACUGACGGCGUUACAGCGAUGCCUGCCACCUGGUUCCAUGACCGGUGCCCCGAAGGAACGCUCCUGCAUGCAUCUCUCGUCUAUCGAGAGCCGCAAACGCGGAGUCUACUCCGGCGUCAUGGGCUUCCUGGACCUCGGCGGAGGUGGCAGCUUUUCAGUCCUAAUCCGCUCUGCGUUCUGCUCUUCCCCGGACCACGGCGACAGACAGACAUGGCGAAUUGGGGCCGGGGGAGCUGUGACGGUUUUAAGCACCGCACAAGGUGAAUGGGAGGAGAUGUUGACGAAACUGAACACAGUUUAUGGGAUUUUCAAGCCCCUCGGCAUCAGUGGCUCUGCUGAUUCAUGCCACGUGAACUGUCAAGUCAAAUCAAGUCAUAUCUAUUAGCUUAUUGGAGCCCGCUAAGUGUCUUGCUAGCUAUGUAGGCGCUUCCAGUGGAAGCAAGAAUAAAAGCCAGAACGCCUGUCGAAUCCCAUGAAACCCGAAUCAUGCAGUGAAGCAACGAGAAGGCUACGCGCAUAGG